AUGGAUAAUAAGGCACUGGAACCCGAUUCUGUUAGCAUCCCUAUGGAGGAGGUGGCUGUAGGUAAUGGUGACAGCCAGCCUGUCACUCAGCCUCAACUGCAACAGGAGGUAGCUAUGCUGACCAACCUGAAGAAGGUUGAGAACCAGAUCACUGAGGCACAGCGAUUCACCCACCUACCCAAACGCUCAGCUGUUGACCUGGAGUUCAUCAACGUCUCCUACACCAUUCGAGAGGGACCAUUCUGGAGGAGGAGAGGUUUCAAAGCCCUAUUAAAGUGCCUGUCAGGAAGGUUCUGUAGUAGGGAGCUUAUUGGAAUCAUGGGGCCCUCAGGGGCAGGGAAGUCCACCUUAAUGAACAUUCUAGCAGGGUACAGGGAAGCAGGGAUGAAGGGUCAGAUCCUGGUAAAUGGAAAACCCAGGGAACUGAGGACCUUCAGGAAAAUGUCCUGCUACAUCAUGCAGGAAGAUAUGCUGCUGCCACACCUCACUGCCAGGGAGGCCAUGAUGGUUUCAGCCAACUUAAAGCUGGAUGAAACAAUGGAUGUGAAGAAACAACUGGUGAAUGAGAUUCUGACCGCUUUAGGGCUCCUUGACUGUGCCCACACUCGUACCAGCUCACUAUCAGGUGGUCAGUGUAAGCGUCUGGCCAUUGCCCUCGAAUUAGUCAACAAUCCUCCAGUGAUGUUCUUUGAUGAGCCCACCAGUGGCUUAGACAGUGUGUCAUGCUACCAGGUGGUGUCCCUAAUGCGUUCUCUGGCACAGGGCGGGCGUACCAUCAUCUGCACCAUUCACCAGCCUAGUGCCAAACUGUUUGAGAUGUUUGAUAAGCUUUACAUCCUCAGUCAGGGACAAUGCAUCUACAAAGGCACAGUCCCUUACCUCAUACCCUAUCUGAAGACUCUCGGCCUCUACUGUCCUACCUACCACAACCCUGCAGACUUCAUCAUUGAAGUGGCAUCAGGAGAAUAUGGAGACCUGAACCCAGUGCUAUUUGGUGCAGUCCAAGGUGGAAUGUGUGCUUUAGAAGAGAAGAAUCAAUGUGAUGGCAAUGGCUCAUCAAUCUGUGCAACAAUGUACCCCAUGGAUGCCAGGCACAUAGAAAGCCACACUUUUGCCACAAGUACACUAACACAGUUCUGCAUCCUCUUCAAGAGAACCUUCAUAACUGUAUGUCGAGACCAGGUGUUGACCCACCUCAGACUGAUAUCCCACAUCUGCAUAGGUGUGUUAAUAGGUUUGCUCUAUCUCAACAUUGGCAAUGAUGCCAGCAAAGUGUUUAACAACACUGGAUUUCUGUUCUUCUCUAUGCUCUUCCUCAUGUUUGGAGCACUCAUGCCUACUGUGUUGACUUUUCCUCUCGAGAUGUCUGUGUUCCUGAGGGAGCAUCUGAACUACUGGUACAGCCUGAAAGCCUACUACCUAGCCAAGACCAUGGCUGAUAUCCCAUUCCAGGUGAUCUGCCCCAUCAUGUACUGCAGCAUAGUGUACUGGAUGACAGAGCAACCUCCUGAGGCAAGCCGCUACCUACUAUUCAUAGCCCUGUCCACCUGCACUGCCCUGGUGGCACAGUCUCUUGGCCUACUGGUUGGUGCUGCCUCCACAUCACUACAGGUAGCCACAUUUGUAGGACCUGUUACUGCUAUCCCAGUGUUGCUGUUCUCUGGAUUCUUUGUGAAUUUUGACACAAUCCCCAAGUAUCUGCAAUGGAGCUCCUAUGUUUCCUAUGUACGGUACGGCUUUGAAGGGGUCCUCCUGUCUAUCUAUGGGAUGAACCGUUCAGAGCUGGAGUGUCCAGGGCAGGUGUGUAAGUUCCAACAGCCUGAAGAAGUUCUGCAGCUGCUAGACGUGGAAGAUGCAAAGCUCUAUGUAGAUUUUAUUGUCCUGGGAAGUUUCUUCAUCAUCCUACGACUGGCCACUUACCUCGUCCUCCGGUACAAGGUCAAGUCAGAGCGAUAGAUUCCCCUCACGUCAUCUCCCAAAACACAUUCCUGUCAUUCCUGGACUCUUUCCUGUGCAGAGAGAACAUAUCACAUCAUGUGGGAAUUUGUUUUAUUUCAUUUUACAUGUUGCUGCUAAAUGGACAGAACAAAUUCUGUUUGUGUUCUCCUGCCAGCUGGUGACAGUGCAGGGCAGUGACGAGUCAUCCUUUAAACCACCAAACAGCUGUUUUACCUCAUCAAGAACUAAUGAGUGUGCACAAAGCCUCAUCAGCAGUGAUGAGGACUGAGCCACAUUCAGCUAUAGAUGUACUGUAUGUUUUAUAACAAAGUUUUAGAAUAAAACAGGUGGGACUCAUUAGCAGAAUUUACUUUUUUUUGUUUGUUUUGUUUUGUUUUGAUUUGUUUUUUUUGUUUGUUUGUUUUGUUUUUAUCCUAUACUGCUUUGCCACUCUGUCAGAGUAAAGUCCCUGGUCCAGGAAACUGCCCCCCCCCCCUAAGAAAUGCAAACACAAAAAGCCAAAAAUAUAAAGUUGCACUGGACAGUAAGUGUUCUGUAAUGUGCAUUGAAAGAGUGAAAAUGAAUGA